AUGUAUUCUUUGAAAGAAAUGCCUCAUAGUUUUCUGGAGAAGGGUAAACAAUUGAUGGAAGAAAGUUAUCUUUCUGAUGAUAAUCCUCUUCUAUAUCAUAAUGGAAAAUCUUUUAAUGAUAGUGAAAGGCAACUAACUCAUAGAUCAAAAUUAAAAAGACAGAGAAAUAGACUUGUACAAAAACAUGGAAUUUGUAAUAUAUCAUUAGUUAAUGUACCAAUGCAACAUCGUGGUUAUUUUAGAGAUAUUUUUAAUACUAUUCUUGAAAUUAAAUGGCGUUGGUGUAUUUUCUUUUUUUGUAUGUCAUUUGCCAUUAGUUGGCUAUUUUUUGCUUUAAUUUAUUGUAUCAUUUCUAUUUAUCAUGGUGAUUUUGAACAUAAUGAAGAAGAUUGGAAACCAUGUGUUCAAAAUGGGAAUUCUUUUUUAAAUAUUUUUAUGUUUUCUUUUACAUCGCAAACUACAAUAGGAUAUGGAUAUAGAUAUCCAACUGAUUCAUGCCCUAUAAUAAUUUUAAUUAUGAUGGUACAAUUUAAAUUAGGUGUUAUAUGUCAAGCUUUAAUGACUGGAGUUAUUUUUGCCAAAUUAGCACGUCCAAUCAAAAGAGCAGCAACAAUAAUAUUUAGUAAGAAUGCUGUUAUUUGUAUGAGAAAUGGUAAAUUAUGUCUUCUAUUUCGUGUUGGUGAUAUGCGCAAAAGUUCUUUAGCCGAAGCUCAUGUUAGAUUACAGAUGAUUAAAAAACAUACAACAGAAGAAGGAGAAAUUUUACCAUUUCAUCAAUAUGAUAUGAAUGUUGGAUAUGAUUUAGGAUUAGAUAGAGUUGUUGUAAUGUGGCCUAUUACAAUUUGUCAUAUCAUUAAUGAAGAUAGUCCAUUAUAUGAAAUGUCAAAAGAAGAUUUACAAACUUCACAAUUUGAAAUUAUUGCUAUUUUGGAAGGUGUUGUUGAGUCUGUUGGUUCAACAACACAAGCAAGAACUAGUUAUCUUCCAAAUGAAGUUUUAUGGGGAAGAAGAUUUGAUAAAUUGGUUACCUAUCAGAAAGAUAAUGGAGCAUAUCAAAUUGAUUUUGGAAAAUUUCAUAAUACAAUUGGUGUUGAUACACCUACUUGUUCUGCAAAAGACAUUGAUGAGAGUGAAGUCGAUAAUAUAGAUGGAAUAUCAUGUAAUAUUCAUAAUUUUUCACCAUAUAUUACAAUUGAAGAUGUUCCUGAUUAUGAUGUUUCAACAUAUCUUCCCAGUGGAACAGACAGUAAAAUAACAUCUACUGGACAAAUACAUGAACAGUCAUCGGACGAAAACGAAAAAUUUUUAACAAAAAGAAAUAAUCAAAGAAAAUAUUCUUUAUCAGCACGAUCUACAGUUUGUUUUCCAUCAGCACAUAAGCUUUCUGUUCGAAGUUCACGUUUUUCUACAUACCAUCCAUAUCAACUUUCAGCAGGUAAACGAUCAGGAAGUGUUCAUUUUGGACAUGACAUAUUUUAA